UUUGCCGUCCCGCCCCACCUCCUCGUCUAUAUAUUUGGCUGCCAUCCCCUUCUUUUUCUCCCGUUCCUGUCGGUCUCCUCUUUGCAUCACUUCUUGUAAGCAUAGCUAGAAAGGAAGAAGAAGAGAGAGAGGACGGACGGGAAGAGAAGAGAGGACGGGAAGGGAAGAGGAGAUGUACGCGGAAGCAGGGCUUCAGUAUCUUUUCUUGCAGGAGUCUCCGUCGGAGCUACCGCCGCUGCCGCCGCCCCCCCACCACCAGCAGCACUACUCUCAUCUGCCACCCUGGGACACCAGCCUGACAAAUGGUGGACCCUACAUGGACAACAUGAUGGACACUUCCAUUAUAUCAGAAUAUGACCUAGGUGGAGAAGGGGAUCUAUUCAAAGCUCCAGAACCCAUCAUAGAAGAACCAGUUCUUCCGCUUGAUCCCAUGAUAGCUGCCAUGUCCAUUAUAUCUGGAGGAGAUGAUGUCAUCACAGAAACAUCUAAGGUUGGGAAUAUGGAGUUUGUCCAAACCGAUCAACUACUGAAUGAUGUCUUCUACGAGUGCAAGAAGGACCUCCUAGAGAAAUCUGCAAUUAAAGAAUCAUUUUCUGAGGUAUUAGAUGCAAAGAUUCCUGCAGUGCAAACAGAAGAAGAUUCAAGUUCAGAGAAAAUUAGAUUAGUUGCAGAAGGACAAUUGCAGAGAAGUGUCAGCUCUGGAAAUCUAACCUCAAUGGAGUGGAUCUGUGGUAGCACAACUAGACCAAACUUUCUUGAUUUUCAAAGCCUGGAUUUUGAAGCUGUAUUCGGAAUGAGGAGAGCAUACAGUGAAGGAGAUAUUCAGAAUCUUGACAAUAAUAAUGCAAAUUUUGGAAGCACAAGUGCUGUUCGUUCUUCAUUUGAGCGGCUUUUAACCAUCAGUGACCUCAAGAGUGAAGAACGAAGGCAAAAACUUUCCAGAUACAGGAAGAAGAAGACUAAGAGAAACUUUGGCAGAAAAAUCAAGUAUGCUUGCAGGAAGGCUCUAGCAGAGAGUCAACCAAGGGUGCGUGGAAGGUUUGCAAAGACUGAAGAAUGUGAGGUUUCAAGGCCACGCAAGUAAUUGUAUACAUUGCACUAGGAAAUGGUUAAAGCUAAUAGCACAGAUAGCUGUGCAACCCACCAGGAUGACAGCCUCUCAGUGGACGAUGUCGAAGAUUGUAUGUGGCGCCUUGCUUGCUGAAGGAAAACCCGUGUCAUUGGGAUAUCUGCUUUGCUGUAAUAACUGUUGCUUGAUGGGCGCAGAGCUGAACUCCUAUAAAAAAGUUUUGAAUAAAAUGAGAUUCUAUCCCGAUCUUGAAUGAC